CCAGUGACAUCCACGCUACAAUGAGGAGAGGCGGUUGUUUUCGUCUCGGUUGUUGUGAUUAUCUGCCUGUAAAUUGAGGUGUACAUUACAGCGACAUUAAGGCAGUGUCCCCGGCCUGUAGGGUGUCUGUGUCCCUCUUGAGUUACUGCCGGGCUGAAAGUUUCAUCGUUCACCGCUUGGUUUCUGGUGAGUUUAUCGCCAUGUUAUCAUCUGUUCCCACCAGGCUAAUUGCGCGAAGGUCGCGCAGCCUGUCACCGUGUAGCCGCGUGCUGCAGACCAGCGCAAGCGGUGGCGCAUGCCAGGGCAUCCGCGACACACCGGCGGAGACCAACCGCAACCCCAUCGUGUCCACUUCCCGUGUCUCCAGAAGGGGACUUUUUGCUGAGGAGACAGCUGGUACCAGUGUGAACCCGUCGGUGCAGUACCACCACCUCACCCCUAGAUGGCUGUCCAACCUGGAGAACCGUCGCAGCUCGUGGGCGACCUUGGCUAGCAGGGGGCGCAACAAUAACCAGUACUGGGAGGAGAGCGGGCAGAGUGGUGGAGGUGAAGGACCGGGUACAGAAGGGGCCAGCCGGGGAGGAGUGGCUUCUGCAGGUGUACUGUGUGCUGCAGCCGUGGCCUUCUGCCUGAAGAAGGACUCUGAUAACAAAGGUGAUGCUCUUCUGGAGGCAGCAAGGACCAAUAACUCUCAAGAUGUGGCCAGGCUUUUAAAAGAAGGGGUCGACCCGAAUCACCGCCACCGUCUAGGCUGGACUGCUCUCAUGGUGGCUGCCAUGAACCGACAGCACAGUGUGGUGAAGGUCCUGCUCGACGCCGGUGCCGACCCAAACGCCGGAGAUCACUUCAACAACGUUUACGACACCUCGCGGGAGAAAGGCAUCCACUCGCUGGAAGUCCUCGUGUCCAGAGAGGAUGAAUUCAGCAGCAGGCUCAGCAGCAGGGCUGGCUUCCGUGGUUGCACAGCGCUUCACUACGCCACACUUGCUGAUGACCCGAGCACUGUCCGCACACUGCUGGAGGCUGGUGCCAACCCCCUGCAGACCAAUGGUUUGGGACACACAGCACGGGCCUAUGCUAAGGAGGGAGAAGUCAGCACAGCACUGCAGGAGUGGGAGGGCAAGUUCCAGGAGGCGCAGGCUAGGCGGGAGGCGGAGGAGAGGAGGAGGUUCCCCCUGGAGAGGAGGCUGAAGGAGCACAUUAUCGGACAGGAGGGGGCCAUCAAUACUGUGGCCUCAGCCAUCAGGAGGAAGGAGAAUGGUUGGUACGAUGAAGAGCAUCCUCUCGUAUUCCUAUUCCUCGGCUCGUCAGGAAUUGGGAAGACAGAGCUGGCCAAACAGGUGGCUCGCUACAUGCACAAGGACAUCAAAAAGGGUUUCAUCCGUAUGGACAUGUCCGAGUUCCAGGAAAAACACGAGGUGGCAAAGUUCAUUGGCUCCCCACCGGGAUACGUGGGACAUGAGGAAGGGGGUCAGCUGACCAAGCUGCUGAAGGCGUGUCCCAAUGCCGUUGUCCUGUUUGAUGAAGUAGACAAGGCCCACCCUGACGUUCUUACUAUCAUGCUGCAGCUCUUUGAUGAGGGUCGCCUCACAGACGGUAAGGGGAAGACCAUCGAAUGUAAAGACGCUAUCUUCAUCAUGACAUCUAACGUCGCAAGCGAUGACAUCGCCCAGCAUGCACUGCAGCUUCGCCAGGAAGCUGAGGAGGUCAGCCGCAGGAAGCUGGCCGACAACCUUGCGGAUGUACAGAAAAGUGAUGACAUCAAAAUCUCCCGACAGUUUAAAGAAUCUGUGAUUCGACCAAUCCUGAAGGCUCAUUUCCGGAGGGACGAGUUUCUCGGUCGGAUCAAUGAAAUUGUAUACUUCCUGCCAUUCUGUCACUCAGAGCUGCUACAGCUGGUCAGCAAAGAGCUCAGCUUCUGGGCCAAGAAGGCUAAACAGCGCCACGACAUCACUCUUCAGUGGGAUCGCCCAGUUCUGGACCUGUUGGCAGGCGGGUAUAACAUGCAUUACGGAGCACGCUCCAUCAAACAUGAGGUUGAGCGGCGGGUUGUUAACCAGUUAGCUGCAGCAUACGAGCAGGAACUGCUGCCCAAAGGCUGCACCCUACGUCUGUCUGUCCAAUCAGAGGACCAGGAGGAUCGGAGCACGCCCAGUCUGCGCCUUGAGGUGGUGGGAGAGGACAGCUCAUCGAGAAUGCUGGACAUCCGUCCACCACUCAGCCCCGAACACUAAGAAACACACAGGAUAUAUCCAGAUAUUUAUGCACACAUGUACACUUGCCAACAUCACCAUCAUCAUACAGUGUCAGGAGAAUGGAUGUAACCAAUAAAAUUACCUCUAAUAAACACA